UUACCAGAUACAAUACAAGUAAUAAGUGAUCAUAGUCUGAUUCUCUCCCUUAAAACCCUGCCCUGUCCCUUGCCCAAAACCGGCCACCUGUCGGUUUCUCAGCUGUUACCAGUCACCACUCUCUUUCGCUCUCGCACACACAUUCUCUUUUGCAAUUUCAAAAUCCCCAAAAAUCCGCGAGUCUCUGAUGGCGCAAAAUAACCUUAAACCCUCAAUACCCUAAAACCCUUCUUCUUCUUCUUCUUCUUUUUUUUGGUUUUGAGAAUCAGUGAAGUGAAAUGGAUGGAGUGAAUAGCAGUAGUAAUAUCCAAAAAGAUGAUGCAUCGACUAGCACCGGAGGAGCUCAAACGGCUGCACAACCUCAACCAAAGCCGAAGCCGGUCGUGGUGCAGAGUGCGAACGCGCCACCGCCUUUCUUGAGCAAGACUUACGAUAUGGUGGAUGAUCCCGCCACCGAUGCCGUCGUUUCUUGGAGCUCAGCCAAUAACAGUUUCAUUGUUUGGAACCCGCCGGAGUUCGCACGGGAUGUUUUGCCCAAGUAUUUCAAGCACAACAACUUCUCCAGCUUCGUCAGGCAACUGAAUACCUAUGGUUUCCGGAAGGUUGAUUCAGACCGAUGGGAAUUCGCAAAUGAGGGAUUUUUAAGAGGCCAGAAAGACCUGCUUCUAAACAUUAGCCGCCGAAAGCCUGCCCAGGGCCAUGGUCAUCAGCAGACACAGCAAGCACAUGGACAGAGUUCAUCUGGGGGUGCUUGUGUUGAGGUUGGGGAAUUUGGGCUUGAGGAAGAGGUUGAGGCGCUUAAGCGGGACAAGAAUGUGCUUAUGCAGGAACUUGUUAGGUUGAGGCAGCAGCAACAGUCUACAGAUAACCAAAUGCACACCAUGGCACGACAACUUCAUGGGAUGGAGCAGUGGCAGCUGCAGAUGAUGUCAUUCUUGGCAAAGGCUGUCCAGAGCCCUGGAUUUUUGGCUCAAUUUAUGCAGCAGAAAAAUGAGAGCAAUAGGCACAUAACCGAAGCCAACAAGAAAAGGAGACUAAAACAGGAUGGUAUUGUUGAUAAUGAGCAUUCUGCUGCCUCUGAUGGACAGAUUGUUAAAUAUCAGCCUUUGACGAAUGAUGCUAAAGCAAUGCUCAGGCAGAUUGUAAAAGGGGAUACUUCUACCAGGCUUGACUCCAUUAACAACUAUCAUGAUAAUUUCCUGGUUGGUGAUGGUUUGUCAUCAUCUAGUGGAUUGGAUGGUGGGAAAUCUUCAAGCCAUGCAUCAGGAAUGACUCUUCAAGAGGUCCCACCAACUUCAGGGAUCUCGGUGGGUCGCCUCUCAAGUGCCAUAUCUGAGAUUCAAUCUUCCCCAUGUACAACAUCUUCUGAAAAGAUUACAACAACACAAUUUACCGAUUCGAGUGCACUGGUUGGAGGAGAAAAGGUCCCAUCCAUUUCCAUUCCUCAAACAAAUACAAUUAUGCCUGAGCUUUCUCAAAUACCAGAAAUGGUCCCGGAAAGUGUUGUUGAUAUCCCCACCGAAGACUGCGUGGAGUCUGAAACUGGGAAUGGGGGAUUUAUUGAUCCCAUUUGUUUGGUUCCCUUAGAACUUGAUGACAUUGCUCCUGAUCCCGACAUAGAUGCCUUACUGGAUAGUUCUAGUUUCUGGGAUGACCUUAUUGUGCAAGGUCCAGUGCCAGAGGAUAUUGAAACAAUCUCAAUGGAUGAUAAAGGCUAGGGAAGUGGGCAGCUGAUGGACAAAUCUUGGCAUACGGAUAAGUCUUCUUGAUAACAAGAUUGGCUAAUCACAUUUGUACAAAAAUGUACAUGGCCUUCAGUUCAUUUGAGGUAAGCCUGAAAUUUUAUCUGUCGACUUAUAUUCACAUUAUCCUCCAUCUUUAGCCAUUGGGAAAUGACCAAUGCCUUUCAUGAUGCACACACAAUUUUGUUUUCAACUGCCGUAAAAAAGGGUAAAAGUACCAUGAAGGCCUUUUUAUUACGAGUUAGAUUAAAUUGUCUUUUUACUAAAGAAAUAGACAAAUUAGUCCCUGUAUAUUAUAUUAAAGAACAAAUUUAUCAUGUUUGUAAAUUUUUUUUUUACUGUUAAAAACUGACGCAGCUAACAAAAUAAUCAAACAGUUACAUGUGACGUGUCACGUGUAUCUUAUUCUGACGUAUAA